AUGGCGUCGUGGACAGACCUUACCGACAAGAUCCAAGAGUCUGAAAAGGCUUCAGCAGAUAUUCCGACGCCCAAUCCCCCAUUGCAGAACGCAUUUCGAAAAGAACAUCUCCAUUCCCUGAAGACCGCUUAUUUUGCGGGUGUCAUGUCUGAAAAACAUGAGUGCCUUCUUGAUGUAGGGCAAUUAGAAGCCAAUGCUUCCACCUCGCGCUGGAUGCCGGCGGCGGGUAUACGGAUGGGGACAAGACGUGCAGUUCAUACGGUUGCGAUUAUCAUCCGACGAUGCGCCGCGCCUUUCUGGCUCAAAUCGGCCAACCCUCCAGAAAAGCCGAGGCGGACAGCUUAUCUCGACGGACUUCGAGGCUUCGCAGCAUUUCUGGUGUAUUGGCAUCACCAUGAGCUGUGGGUUCACAAAGCAACCGGACAAAACGAGCUGUUGGAAAACAGUUUCGGAUAUAACGGCAACUUCCAUCUCGUGGCAUUCCCAGGGGUCCGGAUCCUGUUCAAUGGAGGACACUAUGCUGUGGCCACAUUCUUCGUCAUCUCCGGCUACGUUCUCUCUGCGAAGCCGUUGAGCUUGAUCCACGAGGGCGAACUCACGAAGCUGGGGGAUAAUGUCGCAUCGGCGCUCUUCCGAAGAUGGCUUCGCCUUUGGAUCCCGCUCAUGGCCGUGACACUUGUAUACGUCAGUUCAUGGCAUUUGCUGGGCAUGUGGGUCGAAGAUGCCAGCCCCAAGUCAACAUGGCUUGCGGAGGUCUGGUCGUGGUAUACGGAGAUGAAGAACUUCAACUUCGUGUUCAGUGGAGGUGAACCAUGGCUCUCAUAUGAUAUGCACCUAUGGUCGAUCCCAGUCGAGAUGAAAGGGUCUAUUGUGGUCUACACUACACUUGUGGCGUUAUCGAGGGUCUCUCGGAACGCCCGUCUUUGGUGCGAACUGGCACUCAUCUUCUAUUUCUCCUACAUUGCGGAUGGCUGGUAUUGCGCCAUGUUUGUGUCGGGCAUGCUGCUGAGCGACCUGGACUUACUGGCUGCGAAACAGCAAUUGCCUCGGUGGAUAUCCAGGCUCUCGUCAGCAAAGGCUUUCGUAUUCUACCACUUGCUUGCUUUCAGCCUGUACCUUGGUGGUGUUCCGGAAUCCGGUUCCCGCGACGUAGCACAACUCGGAAAACAGAGAGGAUGGUACUACCUGUCACUGCUGAAACCGCAAGCCUUCUUCGACUACAAAUGGUUCUACCUACUCUGGGCCGCUACAUUCCUCGUGGCUUCGUCGCAGCAUAUCAAGUGGCUCAAAGGCUUCUUCGAGACCCGCUUCUGCCAGUAUCUCGGUCGCAUCUCGUAUGCGUUGUACCUGGUUCACGGUCCGGUUCUGUGGACGUUGGGCGACCGUAUUUAUACUGCUGUUGGGUGGCAUUCGGAGCAACAGCUGCAAAACCUCAGCCACUGGGCGGAUAAGUUUGCGCUAUCAAAGACAGGACCUUUGGGACUCGAGAUCUCAUUCAUUCUGCCACACAUUAUACUGCUGCCAGCCACUAUAUGGUUGGCGGAUAUUGUCACGAGGUUGAUUGAUGAGCCGAGUGUCAGGUUCGCGCAGUGGUUGUAUUCACGCAUGCUGCCACACGCUGUGAAGGAUUAG